CGUCGCAGUCUUCCAUCACUGAUCUUGGGUAACUUUUUUUUCUGGCCGCCAAAAUUUACGAAGACAAGCUGCCAUACGUCCGCACUUCUGACGGCCUGCUCCGCUAAUCAGAUCUCGACGCUGCCAACACCCUCCCCGUGCUUGUCGACACGCACACAAAACCGACCAAAUUUAUCACGGUCUUUUCGAAGCAUGGCAGAGAACGGGGCCGCUCCUGGCGCUGCGCCAGGUGAUCGCUGCGCCAUUGGUAUUUCCUUUGGUAACUCGUACAGCUCUAUUGCCUGCACUAUCGACGACAGCCCUGUUGUGAUCGCGAAUGAGGAUGGAGAUCGCCAGAUUCCCACUACCCUCUCCUAUGUAGACGGUGAAGAAUAUACCGGAAACCAAGCCAAGGCUCUCCUAGUUCGCAACCCCAAGAACACAACUGUUGCCUUCAAGGACUUCCUCGGACAAGAUUUCAAGUCGAUUGACCCCACACACUGCCACGCCGCUGCUCACCCCGAAGAUAAGAAUGGAACAAUUUCCUUCACGAUCCAGGAUAAGGCGGAAGGCGAACCCUCUGUCCUCUCUGUCUCUGAAAUUUCCACCCGGUAUUUGCGACGACUUGUACAGUCUGCUUCAGAUUACAUUGGAAAGAAGGUCACAUCGGCUGUCGUCACCGUACCUACAAACUUUGGUGAGAAGCAGAGAGAAGCUUUGAUCAAGGCUGCGCAGGCUGCCGACCUGGAAAUUCUACAGUUGGUCAACGAACCAAUUGCCUCAGUCCUCGCUUACGAUGCGAGACCCGAGGCGAAGGUGGAGGACAAGAUCGUCGUAGUGGCUGACCUCGGUGGUACACGCUCAGAUGUUGCUGUGGUUGCCUCAAGAGGGGGUCUUUACACCCUUCUUGCGACUGCCCACGACUACGAAUUCGCCGGCGCUCAGUUGGAUAAGGUCCUUAUGGACCACUUUGCUAAGGAAUUCAUGAAGAAGCACGCCAAUGUUGAUCCCCGCGAGAACGCCAGAAGCUUGGCAAAGCUGAAGGCUGAAUCCGAAGCCACCAAGAAGGCGCUCAGCAUAGGCACAAACGCCAACUUUAGUGUUGAGAGUUUGGCUGAGGGUAUUGACUUCCAGAUGACCAUUAACAGAUUACGGUACGAGACCAUCGCACGCAAGGUUUUCGAGGGUUUCAACAGACUGGUUGAGGGUGUUGUCAAGAAGGCCGGUUUAGAUGUCCUUGAUAUUGACGAGGUUAUACUGUCUGGUGGCAGCUCGCACACCCCUAGAAUUGCCUCUAACUUGCGCUCCAUCUUUCCUGCCACCACCACAGUCCUAGCCCCUUCAACAAACGCCACCGCUUUGAACCCUUCAGAACUGCAAGCCCGUGGUGCUGCCCUACAAGCUUCGUUGAUUCAAGAAUACGAGUCCGACGAUAUUGAGCAGUCCACUCACCCAGCCGUUACCACUGUCAACCACAUCUCAAAUGCCAUUGGAGUCCUCACGAUAUCCGACGAUGGCGAGGAAACAUUCACACCCGUAAUUGCCCCCGAGACAGCUAUUCCUGCCCGUCGUGCUAUCCACGUAGAGGCCAAGGAUGGCGGCGACGUUCUUGUCAAGGUUGUCGAGGGUGGCACCCACAUCAAGGUCACCAAGCCUGAACCCAAGGCAAAGGAGAACGGUGCCAAAGAUGGCGAUGACGAGGAGGACAGUGACUUCGACUCCGAAGAAGAGGAGGAGGAGCACAGAGAAAAGGUCUGGAAGAUCGGCAGCCCCCUCGCCGAGGCCGCCGUCAAGGGCGUCAAGAAGGGCGGCAAAGUCGAGGUUACCAUCACCGUUGGUAACGACCUAAGUGUCAUCAUAACAGCAAGGGAAGUCGGUGGCAAGGGCGGUGUCAGGGGAACUCUGAAGGCUCCUUGAAGAGAUCUCAAGGACGAGAAAACGAGGUAAUGGAUUUCGCCAUGCGCACGCAUCUGUCGGGACUGAAGACUAGUUUGCAUCGGCUUAUUGAUCUAUCCGUAUACAACGGGGAUUACAAGUCUGAGAUAUUAGUAAUAAGUAAGGGAAUCCGUAGGUACUUACUUCA